AAUAUCUUUCUUACAGUUUGGGAAGCUGGACCCAGGAAAGCGCUACCAGGCUGAGACAUUUUGUUGCAAUUCCUUGUUUUGUGGGAAGAAGCUGAGACAGGAAGUGGGCACAUUGCCAAUGGAGCCAGAGUUUUCAGGUGAUCUAACUAUUCUAAAAAAGACAAACACAACGAUCACUCUCGGCUUGCCUUCCUUGAUCACUUCUGGUGAUGGUAAUAAGUCUAUGUUUGUGGUGGUUCAAAAGGCAGCCGAUAACACAACAAAUAUAACAGAAGAUAUAUUGAAGUUGCUGCCAAUGAAUAGAUGGCAGGAUGUUCAAAAUGGGCAUGACACCAGGCGUAUCCACACCCGUCAGACAAACCCGAACCAACAGUGUCAACAGUCUCUGUGGAUUGCUGGUCUGGUGAAUGAGGAUGAAAUGAAGUUUGAAAUAGGUGAUGGCCGCACCUACAAUAACUACUUCAACUGUCCACUGGAGUACCAGCAUGAAUAUUAUAUAGGAAUAAUGGCAAGAACGGAGCUACUAGGUGUGAGCAGUUACAAAUGGUUAAAACUAUCAGAGGUUGUGGUGGCCGAGCCCUGGGAACCUGAAACAGCAGCCUACUGCUGGCUGCUCUUCGCAUUCAUCCUCCUCCUUGACAUUAUUGCUGAUUUAUACUGUAUAACAGUAUAUAUCAGGCAUCACAAACGUGCUGGGAAACCGUGGUCAUUUGUCACAUUUAACAAAGGCAGCGGCAAUCAAGCUUUGUAUGAUGACACAAUAGGUUUUGGUGUUGAAAAUCAUGACUCGCUUGCAUCUGCAAGACAAAUUACAGCGAAAACUGAAAUUCACACUUCAUAUGCAGACCCCAGACUAGUCUCAACCACAGCUCAAGUCAAUACUCCUGCUAUACGUCCACAACCUCAAUUCAAGAUUCCUGCUCCACUACCGCAGAUCAAUAGUGAGGUGGUAACAAGUGAUCUUACCGACGAGAACUCCAGCACAGAAAAUAUCUAUGAAAUUGUCACGAUUCGUAUUCCCUAUGAAGAAGUUGAAGCUUACCUUAAUAGAAUCGUCAAGUCUAAUGAAACCUCGGAGGAAUUUAAGAGUGUUCCGGACAACUUCAACAAGAGCUCUGAUGUAGGAAAGCUCCCAGAAAACAAGCCUAAAAAUCGCUUCAGGAAUAACCUCCCGUAUGACGACACGAGGGUCUUGCUCUCAAUCAUUAAUGAUGAUCCCUAUUCUGACUACAUCAAUGCCAACCACGUCUCUGGAUAUGGUGGUAUGCGCUACAUUGCUGCACAAGGUCCCAAGGAUGUGAAAGUGCCUACUAUUGUUGACUUUUGGAGGAUGAUCAUAGAGCACAACAUUAACGCCAUCAUUAUGGUUGCCAACUUCGUUGAGGGGGGCAAGGGUAAGGUUGGAGAGUACCUAAAUCCAGGAGCCAACCUAGACUUUGAUGGCUACCUUGUCUCCGUCCUCCAUAGAGAACAGUUUCCACACUUCAAUGUGUCAUCGGUACAGGUUUCAAAAGGUGGGCAGAUCCAUAGUGUGCAGCACUACCAUUACACUAGCUUGCCAGAUCAUGGUAUCCCAGAUGAAGCUGGCUCGAUGGCUCAGAUGCUCCGACACUAUCAAAAUAGACACAGUGAAGGUGGCACGGUUGUUCACUGUUCAGCUGGGAUUGGCCUAACUGGUACAGUUCUCCAAGUUCUUCUCAUGUUUGAAAUGCUUGCUGUUGAAGGAAGCUUUGAUCCUCUCGAAGUGCUCAAGCACCUUAGGAACUGUCGGGCACGACUAGUUGAGAACCAAGCACAAUACAACCUUAGCCUGCAGAUCCUUGAUGAGAUUCUCUUUGGUGAAAAAACCAUUGUAUCUGCAGAACAUCUUCAGAAUUCUCUAGACAGUUAUCUGAGUAACUGCAAAGCUCAGUUAAGGAAUAUAAAAGCCUUACCAUCCUCACUCACAUAUAAAAGUUCUUCUAAUCCGAGCUUUGAGUUAAUGAAUCGUAACAAUACAAUAUUGCCAGCAGACUCCCAACGAAUAUACUUACAAAUGGAAAAUGGAGAGCCAGAGUCACAGUAUAUUAAUGCGGUGAAGGUUGCGGGUUUGAUGCACACUGAAGCACUACUAGUCACAGAACACCCCAUGCCUAUCACACUCCCCAAAUUCUGGAGAAUGGUUGCAGAGAACGGCUGUUCUCUUGUAAUACUCAUCAAUCAAUUUGACGAGCAAAGCAAGGUAGAGAUUUUGUUUACUUUUCCAGCUGAUUUAUCAAGUCUUAUUUUUCAGAACUUAGUCCAUAAUGUGGAAGUGUAUCAGGUGCUCUCGUGGCAGUAUGGUCAAGAUGUGCCGCCUGUGCCAGACGUCUUGCUCAAAUUGGCUGAAUUAUUACUACAGAACCCUAGUAGUACUCGCACUGGUCCACCUAUUUUGUGCUGUGGUGACGGUGUGACAGGAUGUGGACUGGUGGCUGCCAUGACUUUGGUGGUUGAACGACUGCAGAAUGAACAGCGCGUGGAUGUCUACAGAACAGUUGUGAAACUAUUGAGGAGUAGGCCUCAAUUUAUCACUUCUGAGGCCCAGUUUGCACUCCUGUACAGUGGAGCCGUCACAUAUAUCGAGAAUUACUCCACCUAUAGAAACUUAUUUUAAAAACAAAAUUAAUUAUGCAAGUUAAGUUUUACCAAGAGGAGACAAAACUGUCACAUCACUGGAUAAUAUCAAGUAAUUAAUAGAUAUAAAGAUUAAUGAGAAAACUGUACAAAGUUUAACAAGCCAAGUGGUACACAAAGAACACAUGCAGGCAGACAGUAAUUUAGAUGAUGGUUGGGUAUGUGUACCGACCAACCCGUUCUCGCACUUUCGUAUAGUCAAUAUUGACUUAUUAAAUACGUGCAUAUGUGAAAUACUAAACAUACUAGUUUGCCUUGAAAAGCUUCAUAGAAAACACCGACCUUACCUAACCUUCUUAGUAUGUUAAGAUAAGCAUUUUAUUGCUUCGUAAUUACAAUUAUUACUUAACCUAUUAUAGGUAUGAUUGUUUCCAUAACAAUCAUGUUAUGCUCACUUGUCUAAUCUGGCAAAGACAACCAUGAGUUACUCUCACACACCUGCCAUCACAUCGCCCACACACUCCUACCAACCACUUCCCUCCCAUGCUCACACCAUCCUCCAUUUACUGUAUUUUUUCUCACAAUCUGUAUCACCUAAACUCACAUUAUUGUUGUUGUUUGAUUCAGCUACUCUGAACACACUAUGGGCUCACCGUAGCCCGUGCUACUUGGGACUUUUUUUCCAGGUAGCGAAUCUUAACAACAACAAUACUCUGAACAAAAGUUCCAAGUAGCGCAGGCUGUGGUGAAACCGUAAAGGACUUUAUACCCUAAACUCACUCCAACCCCCAAACACAUAUUGAGUGCCCAUGGCUAGCUACCAGUACUAUUCCUCCCAUACACACAGCACAACACUCACACAUAAUCAGUGUGAUCAUGCGAGCUCUGAGUGAAUUACUGACUUUGUCUCUGUAGUCCAUCUGUAACCACACCUCAUGUUUGGUUAUAUCAAAAUUUUUUGAUAUAAUAUAACUAGAGUAAACCUAUUUGUUAUACCACAUAAAAGUAGUAGUCCUAAAGCUAAUCACCAAUUCUAAAUUUUUAAUGUACUCUGAUAAUAACAAAUUAUAUGUACAAAAUGUACAAAAUUGUCAUACCAAGGAACAUAACCCUAUUUUUCACUUGUUAUUCAGCUUAUAUAAAGAAUUUUUAGAUACAUUAUUUUUCCUAACUGCCAUGUUGUAAAAAGUGACCUGUACACUAUUAUGCUUAAUGACAAAUUGAGUUUAAAGCAACCAGAAUGUAUUUUCACCAUACGUCUUGGAAUGUAUAGAUUUACUUUGUUUUUUGUUAGGUUAUAAGUUAAUGUUAUCUUUCCUACUUAGGUGAAUGAAAAUAUUUAAAUACUGUAUAUUCCUUACUAUACUAGUGCGUGUUGUAAUGAUUAUAAUGUCUGCUUUUCAAACAAUUGUUACUAAUUUUCUUGAUUUUUUUUAUUCCAGCCGUAGAAGGUUUGGUUUCUUAUAGAGAUUGUCUGCCUUGAACAUCUCAUAUUGGUUUCUUCUAAUAUAUAUAUCCAUUAGCUCAUAAUCUGUAAAAUUGUCCAACAAAACUGCUCAUUUCCCACUUUUACUGAGCUUUAAUACCCUCUGAAAAGUGGAAGUGGUAAUGGGUAAACCUGAAGCUCUCAAUAUCCCGCCAUACAUUAGUGACAUAUUAAGCUGUUUGUGUAAUUUUUCUUAGUAAAUUAUAGUAAUUUAUUUACAUGCUGUAUUAUAUAUGUGUUUAAUUUUAAACCAACACUAUGUAUCAGUUACCUACUGUACUUUUCAUAAUUAUUGAAAUGAAAAUAUUUUAAGUAA